UCACUACUGUUUACCAACUCUCACCCACAAUGCACUUGGACUAACAGGAAGCGUUUAAUUUCAGUUGGCGCGCCGCUACCACUGUGCGUAACUGUCGCUGUGAAACGUUGAGUACAGCUAAAAUUGUCUUUCACAAGUAACUUCAGCAAAUAUUCGUCCAUUUGUACACCUCGGCCAGACUGCUGUCAUGAUAGUGUCUGCUCCCAAAUUAGAAAUAAGGGUAACUCUAGCUGUUCGUAAGGAGGACUCGAACCUGGUAGGCAUUUGAAGCUUAUCUAUUGCAUAAUGGAGAGAUUGCAAUUGGGAGAUUUGUGUCAAAAUCCCCACUGGCUUUCCGUCUCUGGAAAGAUAACUUUAUUUAACUGUAAACGAACUUCGGCAACAAAUGAGAGCGAAAGAAGUGAGUUAGUUUUCCGUAGCCUCUCGUUUGAACGACAGGACAACACGUUCCUGAAGGCAGCCGAUGGAGCGGCUGUCAUCAGCGGGAAAAGACCAUCGCAUGUGGACAUUGUGAAAUGUAAAUGUACCCUAAAUGUUCAGAAGAGAGCCAUCGCACCAUUUGUUUUAGUGUCACAGAAGAGCGAGAGACGAGAGGGCUUCCAGUAUAGUCUGUUCACACUGAGCAGCUCAAACCUGCUGGAGCCCUGCAUUCAGUUCAAACUCCCUUAUCAAAUAAGGGAGAGUGUUUCUAUCCUCCAGGGCCCCACAGUGCUGUGGAGCCAUGCAGGUAAUGUGUUCUAUACAUCUCUGCAAGCAGGAGAGGUGAGACAGAUAUCCAUUCAUUUGUCUCACAUUGUUGCUGGAGAACUUCCCCUCCUCAAAGGCCAGAUAUUCAUUCUUGGAUUGCAAGAACAGUGCUUGAACAACCUGUCCACAAGCCAGACCCUGGGUUAUUUUGUUGAGAAUGGACACGCGUUUGACGGCUCUGUGAUUUUGCCUCAUCCCUAUGUUUGCAUCACACGGUGCAUCCUGGUGCUCUCAGCUGAAAGAGUGGACGAUGCUGGAGUGCUGAAGUCUGCUGUGGUCGCGGCGACUUCUAAUCAGCAGCUCGUUUAUUUUGAGAAUGGCGCCGUGAAAGAUGUGCUUCAGCUCCCCUUUGAGCAACCUGAGGACAUUCAGGUGGUCAACACAGGAAGAAGUGGCUGCCUGUUUGCCAUAACCUUUCACCAGGGGCAUGUGUGUGCUGUGUGGAAGGAAACAUUUCAGAUUGCCUCCCACUGGUCAGAUGUCAGCUCGGUGCUCGUGGACGACUUCUUGGGAUGUGGAUCAGACCAGAUGCUGUUGGUUUUUAAGGAUCACGGCGCAGCAGGACGUCCAUUGGAACGAUUCCUCCUCACUGACCUCUGUGGCAUUUCAUAUGCUCAUUGCCAGGACGAUGAAGCACCAAAGACAUCUCCUCCUUCGCCCGAGAACUAUCUCCUCACUCUUCAGGCACUAGAGUCCAGACUACAGAGCGGAUUGAGCGUGCUGCAGGAGCUUCAGAGAGAAGUGAGAGUUAAGGAAAGAGUUCUGCAGCAGUCGGUUCAAGCCCUCACUGAUGUGGUCUCAGAAAGAGAGACCGCUCUCACACAGCCUGAGCAGGAAGGCCUUAUUGCUCUGUGGGACUGUGAUGAUGAGUCAAAGGAGGAGGCCUCGGAUGACAAGACACAAGGCAUGCCAGCAGUGUCUUCAAAACCUCAAGUUGACAAGCUGUGGCAUCGUAUCGCUGAGGACCGAAUGAUUGUGGGAGUGAUACUAACCACUGACAGCUCUAUACCAGUGGCCAGUGUGAGCAUAUCCAUCCUGACAGAGACGGGCCAGAGCUCAACGCCCGCAGUCAUCCAAACCCAGAGCCAAGUGUUCUGGCUCCCUGCACCCUCCUCCUCCUCCUCCUCCUCCUCCUCCUCCUCUGCCUCCACGUUCCCAGAGCCUGCAACCAAAAGAAGCAAGCAGCACAAUGAUCUCAACACAUGCAGACUGGCUGUGACUGCUGUGACCAGGCUGACACCUCUGUUGAACUCUGGCUGUGUCAAGUGCUGUGUCAUGCUCCAUUACGUCCAGAGACAAGAUGCUUUUGCCCUUGUUAGCAACCCAACACCGGCUUUCCUGCGUUGUGGUCAGGUUGCUCUAGACAUCCGCAGCGACUUCCAGACCCAACUGCUGAAAACCCCCGAAAUCAAAACAGAUGAGGUUAAAGAGGACUUGCUGAGUCUGAUGGCAGUGCUGGACCGCUGGGUCUUCCACAUAGACUCGCCUGAUCACAGCUUAGGUGAUAUAGAUGGCUGGAUUCAGAAAAGAGUGGGUUGUAAGAGGAUAGAAGUGAGCCCACAGUAUCUACUGUUAAAUUCUUCAGGACCAUCUGCUCUCAUGCUGCUGCGCUGGCAUCAGAUAACCCCUUUCCAGGGGGAACUGUCUGUCUACUCCAGCCAGUUACAGAUGCUCCAGUUCCUGGAUGCUCUCUUGGCUUUCCUCCCCGUGUCCUGCUCCGUCCAGCCGCUCAGAGGUACAAGAGGACAGGGUGCAGCACAAAUAUUUUCUUUGGCACUGGAGAAAGAGGUGAUGUCACUCCGAGACUGUGCGUCAUUGCUGCUUUGUGUAGAAGAGGAGGAGACGAGGAAGAGCCUUGGACACGAGGAGACCCCUGAACCAGCUUCUGCGAAGGGGCUCCAGAGGUGUAGAGAGGUGUGGCAGCGGGACGUGGAGAGGAGCAGCAUGCGGUUGAGCCCCCUGGUGGAUGUGGGGCGAUAUCGUAGGCUGACCCAAAGCAUGUUCGAAGUCCAGCUCAAUGGGGACUUGGCAGCUCUCUUAAACAUUCAGAGAACUUUGUGGAGCUGAUAUACUGCACAUGCAACAUGGUUAUUUUUGAAAAUCACAUCGCCAAGUCUGUUUCCCGGGCAAGCAGUUAGCCUUAAUGGGAGGGAAAGCGCUUUAAAAAUGUAUUGUGUCGAGUGUAAUCACUAAAAGGCAAGUCCAUCAUGUAUGCACUGCACCUUUCACCUGGACUGAGAGCUCCCCUCGAUGCUGGCUCGCUUUAGCCUGUGUGUCUGCUCUCUCUCAGACAGCCUCUCGGGAAUUAUAUCUGCUGAGGGUCUGUUGUUGCUGUGUAGAGCCUCAGCCUAUUUCCACUGGAUCACCUCCUGGGUUUAAUCUGAUACUGAUGUGAUACUUCUCAUUCUUCUGUUCAUGCCUCUUUAGACCCUCUGUGUUCAAAAGCACCCUUUAAUGCUUGCUGCUGCAUGCUCUUCAGUGGGAGACAGACACCGCUUUCAUCCUGGAGUGGGAAACUGUUUGUGUUACGAAUAAAGACAACAGAUGAUGCUGGAGCAAAGGGUUAUACAUCUGCUCAGUGGCUGGAAGUUGACUGAAAGCUUUUAGUGGUACUUUCGCCUCAUGGUUCAGUUAUUUUCCUGUGAAAUGAUGUAAAUAAGAAAGUCCUUGGAUGCCGUUUCUCCUGUGAUGCUGCACAGGCUGUCAGUGCUGCUAGUUAAAAUACCAUUCGUCCAAGUAAACAUCAAACCCUCUUUAAAAGGACUUCGGCUUCGCUGGAUAGAUAAGCUCUGUCGCAGCUUGACCAGGAGUGUUUGCUGAAAUGGCUGGGGAGGUUUUUCCUCCCCCUCUUUUACACCUUUAACAUCAGAAACAGCAUCCGUUGAACUCACUGCCAUGAGAGUCCCCCACCUUGAAAGUUUCCUAUAUUAAUGAACGAUUCCUAACAUCUUCCUUUUGAUGUAAUACAGCUGCAGGUUAAUGACAUGAUACGGCAGAAUAAAAUCUAUUUUUGUUGUGUUAGAAUGGAAUUAAAGCCCCUGUUUAGUUUUUGCCGUUAGUUUCAGCCACCAUGCAAGUUGUUCACACGCCCUGCAUACAAAAAACAGGCAAACCCCCGAGACACCCCGUCACUUUCAGCCUGGAAGAAAAAUUUUGGAUUCUGUACAGUAAAUAACACCAGUAAAUUGGAUCACAUGUGAAAACGAAAAUUCAAUUUUAUUGGUGUUCCCUUAAAGCCCUGACUGCCACCCAGAGUAAAAUAUAUGGUUUGUCAUCCCAUUAUUGCUUGUUAACUUCUAUUAACUCUGAGUGGUGGAAGAAGGCUGCAGGCUUUCUACCUGCCGCUGAAGUCCCCUCACUUUAAUGGGGAAUGAAAACGUGGUAGAGGAAUAAUGUUGCUGCUGUUAUGGAACAACUCAGACAUGGAGAAGCCAAAACCUAAGCCACAUCUGGCUUAUUAAUAUGACUUGCAGGCAAAUUGACAGUUGACAGGUUUGUGUGUGUUUUGACACCUUUGUAGACACCAGCGCUUCAGUAUGGAAGCCCAUUUCUGCCAGGGAGAGAAAAAAUGGAUGAAAAGUUAGUCAAGAUAUAUUUUUUUUACACAAGUUAAAAUUAUGUGAUAA